UCACAGAUGGACAGCCCCUACUGCCACACACAUUCCAGCAUCUACAUUCAUAAACACAAGUCACUGCCAGUCCCGUCCCAGCACCUCCCGCUUGGAAGUGGAGCAGCUGUCUCUGAGGGUGCAGGCUCCCCAGCUGUCACCAGGGCCGCAGCCCCCUGGACAGAAGUGCUCAGCCAUCCCCUAUCAUCUCCGAGAAUAAACUCUGAAGCCAGUGGCUGUGUGGACCUGAAUCAUCGGGGUCGGGGAGCCGGUCGGAGCAGGGGGAGUGACUUCCCAGGACGGGCAGUGGACUAUAUAAGCUCCAGAGGGCUGGGCACUCAGAUCUCCCACCAGCUACUGCUGCCAGAGGAGCCUACGGAGCAGCUCUCACUCAGCACCCACCAUGUCCCAGGCUGGCUCUGAGGGAGCCCCCAUCAAGAAGAAGCGCCCCCCUGUGAAGGAGGAGGACCUGAAGGGGGCCCGAGGGAACCUGACCAAGAACCAGGCGAUCAAGUCCAAGACCUACCAGGUCAUGCAGGAAUGUGAGCAAGCCGGCGUUGCCGCACCAUCUGUAUUCAGCCGCACCCGGACCGGCACUGAGACCGUCUUUGAUAAACCGAAAGCUGAGCCUGCCAAGAGUGUCUUUGGCUGAGAAGUACACGCCACGCCACUUCCCUGGACACUGCCAACACCGAGACACAGGAGUCUUUCCCAAGAACUCUUUCAUGCCAGCACCCCCCUGCUCACCUGUUACCUCUGGGACUGCCACGCCUCCCCCCUCCCCAGGGCCCUUCAGCCCAGGCACUCUGCUCCAGGCCCUGGGAAACACCAAUAAAGAGGAUGCCCAAGCGACCCUGGCA